UAAGUAGAAUCUUGGGUUUGAAGAGAAGAACUGCAAAUCUUAAAUUUAUAUUUGUGUGGUUACUUGUUUCUGUUUCUAGGGGCAGUUGAAUAAAAAGGAUAUUUUUGGGAAAAAGUUGUGGUUUUAGAAUGUCAUCUAAGUUUAUUUCCGGUAUUCAUUUAGUUUGCUAGUUUUUAAUUUUUAACUCAACACUUGUACCAUGAUUGUAUCUGUCACUCAAUUGAAAAAAAAAAGGGCGGGGCUGUUUUUUGUUGAUAAGGUAUGAUUAGAAUUAGUAUUUAGAAUUUAGCAGUAUUUCAGACUUGUGUUGGGGAUUAUUUAAACAUUUGAAAUUGUGCAUGUAUAAGAUCAUGAAUUUAUGAGCAUUUUUGUAUUUGGUAGUGUAUCAGUGUAUUAGAGAAGUUUGGGAAAUAGAGAAGUCAUUCAUAAUUCUUCCUUCAUGUGACUUAUAAUUUGAGGGUACUGCUUUCCGAUCUUUUUUCAUAUACUUUUUUUUCCUUUCGUUCUAAUACUACUUAUGAACUUCUUCGGUCUCUUUUUCACUUGAUACUAUUCAUGUAGGCACAUGUUGCUACAUAGCCUUCAUCACUAACAGAGUUGUAUAAUAUUUUCUAUUGAUUAGUUCUAUCAUUAUUUAUCUAAUGAUUUCGUUUCGUUUAGAUUGCUUUUAAAUUUUUCUAAUAAAAAUAAUACUGAGAUAACCAUCUUUUUUUCUGUUUGGAUUAUUUUGAAUUUUUCUGUAGAGUAGUGUAAAUAUUGGAAGAAGAAAGACUGACAGGGAGGAUUUCUUCCAGAAGAUGAGAGAACUUAGUUGAAAGUCUGCUCAGAUUGAACUUGUACUCCUUUCAUGUACUGAAGGAGGAGGAAAAGAUGGAGAGUAUAGAUAAAAUUGGUCUCCUUUUUGGAUUCUUAGCAUUCCCUCUGAAGAUAUUGCCAGAAACUUAAUGAAACGAACAGUGUGUGCCAAGUCCAUAUUUGAACUAUGGGGUCAUGGAAAAUCUCCGGAGGAGCUUUAUAGUUCUCUUAAAAACUACCCUGUGGAGAAGAUGGUUCCAUUUCUACAUUCAGACUCUACAUAUAAAAUAAAGAUUCACACAUUUAAUAAAACAUUGACACAAGAAGAAAAAGUCAAACGAAUAGAUGCACUUGAGUUUCUGCCAUUUGAAGGGAAAGUGAAUUUAAAGAAGCCACAACAUAUAUUCUCUGUUUUGGAGGAUUAUGGUUUGGACCCAAACUGCAUCCCUGAGAAUCCACAUAACAUUUAUUUUGGUAGAUGGAUUGCAGAUGGACAGAGAGAGCUUAUUGAGUCAUACAGUGUCAAAAAGAGACACUUUAUUGGAAAUACAAGCAUGGACGCUGGUUUAUCGUUUAUCAUGGCCAACCAUGGAAAAGUGAAAGAAAAUGAUAUUGUCUUUGAUCCAUUUGUUGGAACAGGUGGCCUUCUGAUAGCAUCUGCUCAUUUUGGUGCAUAUGUUUAUGGGACAGACAUAGACUACAAUACAGUUCAUGGCUUAGGAAAGGCUAGUAGGAAAAACCAGAAAUGGAGAGGACCAGAUGAAAACAUUAGGGCAAAUCUUCGUCAAUAUGGUUUAGAGAAGUAUUACCUUGAUGUCCUGGUUUCAGAUGCAUCUAAACCUUCCUGGAGGAAGGGCACAUAUUUUGAUGCAAUCAUCACUGAUCCUCCAUAUGGUAUCAGAGAGUCUACAAGAAGAACAGGUUCUCAGAAGGAAAUACAGAAGGGAAUGGAAAAAUGUCCAGAAAGCCAUGUUCCUGUUUCCUUGAGUUAUCAUCUGAGUGAUAUGUUUUUUGACCUGUUAAACUUUGCAGCUGAGACCCUCGUAUUAGGUGGAAGACUAGUCUAUUGGUUACCAGUGUAUACACCAGAAUACACUGAAGAGAUGGUACCCUGGCAUCCUUGCCUGAAACUUAUUAGCAACUGUGAGCAGAAGCUUUCCAGUCACACAUCAAGGCGCUUGAUAACAAUGGAAAAGGUGAAGAAAUUUGAGAACCGGGACCAGUAUUCACAUCUGUUAAGUGAUCACUUUCUACCAUACCAAGGUCAUAAUUCCUUCCGCGAGAAAUAUUUCAGUGGCGUUACAAAAAGAAUUGCCAAGGAAGAGAAAUCUAGCCAAGAGUGAAAAUUAAGAUUUUGACAUUGGAAAGAGUAAGGAUUUAACAGAAAAGACAUCUGGAUGUGAACUUCCAUGUAUGAUACAGAUAACAUACUGUUUUAAAUAAUUUUAUAUAAUGAAAUAAAUGCGACAAAGUAAAUUCAACAGUUCUUUUACAAUUAGCUUUGUUUUAUAGAUCAUUUUGUUGUAUGUGGUCUUUGGAACCUUAUUUAAUUUAUAUUUGUACUUUCAAGUAUUAUGGAAAUUGAAAACAGUUAUAUUUUUGGUAAUUAAUUUGGAAGGGGAACUGAUAUUGUUGACUCUUUAAACAGAUACCUGCCGAAUAUGUUACAAGCAGUUAACUAACCAUGGUUAAGAAUUUAUUCAUUCAGUAGGUUCAUUUAUUUGAUUUCUGAUUGUAAUUGAUUUAUGGUGCCACUAAUAAAGGUUACUGAGGAUUCCUAAAA